UGAGAGAUCAGCACACACACACACAGAGUCAGUCUCUCUAUCUCUCUAACACACACACACACACACACACACACACUCAAAGACAACAGCACUGCUCCACUCUCAGGCUCUGACAUCUGCUCACUGUCGCGUCGCUUUUCAUAAAUCAGGAAGAAACACAGAUCAGUGUAAAGACUCUGGAAGCUGCGGUUUACACACAAGAGCCGAGACGUUGAAAAGAAAAUCAAAAGGUUGUGAAUUACUCAUGCCCCUGCACUGAAUUUCACUAAACAGUACUUCUUAAACAUUAUGGAGUCUGGAGAGAGAUUGCCACCGUCCAGCAACUCUCAAUCAUCCCUCAGCUCCUCUGCCCCACCUCCAGAUUCAUCACCAAACAUAACAAGCGAUAGUGGACAUCUGUUUCAGCUGGUUAGUGAUCCAGGGUUUAGAGCAUCUUUCCCCAUGUUGAGCCAUCCAGCAUUCAGGCUGUAUGCGCCUCUUUCUGGAUGUUCUGAUUUCAGAAGCCUGGGGAUUUUGGGAUUGCAGGGAGGCUUAAUGUCCCACCCACAACUUGGAUCAUUUCCAGACUGGUGGCGGGCAUCUGACGCACAACUUCAUGGAGCUGCUGCGCUGUUCCCUCCUCUCCUGGGCCUGCCUCCUCUAUUCACACCUCCAUCACUGAGCCAGUCACACAUUCCCAAGAAGAGCACACGGGGCUCUGCUAAAGGGUUCAAUGGUGCAGUCAGUGGAAAAGGCAAAGCAAAGUCUGCUUCCUCUGGAGCAAGCUCUACCUCCUCCUCACCCUCUCCAGCUUAUACAACUUCUGAACAGACCAGUACUCUCAAAUCAGGUCUGAAACCUCACAAGACCACCAAACCCCUCACCCUCAACCACUGCAAGACUGAACAGUCAACUACCAAUCCUCCAAACUGGAGCAGGAAGCAGGUCAAGACGGAUCAAGCCCAAGAGAAAUCCAGCCACAAAACUAAAGAGAAACUCUGUAUGACAGUGGCAGAAAUUUCCAGCAACAGUGAUAGCCAAUCAGCAUCCAGUUCUGACAGCUCUAGUGACACACUCAGCAGUUUGGGCUCCAUAGACCUGGAGAAUGAAGAUGAUGAUGAUGAGGGACUGAGUGUUUGCAGCAUAGACUCUGACUCUCAGAGAGGACAAAGAGGGAAUAGAAAGCUUAAGGACUCUACACAGAUGGACCAAGCUACAGGUUGCUUUUCUAGUACACCAGAUAUGUGCUCUGUGGACCUUUCACAAUGCCAGGCAGCUCCGUUACUCUUCCGAAGUUCAGAAACCAGAGAAGAGCACAACAAACACACCAGUGUCAUCCAGGCGACAGGAGUAGCAGGCAGCACCAAGGCUUUCUCACCCUCUUCACAAUCCAUCCAAGAUGCCUUGUCCAAACCUUUGUGUCUCACCGUGUCUCCCAAAACCUCCUCAUUAACGUCGUCUCCUAUACCUCUGUCUAUAUCCUCGUCUCCAAAGAAUCGGGCUGUCUCUGCAUCUCCAAAACCACAUACUCAUGCUCGCUGUCCAAAGUCAUCAUCUCUUUCCUCCUCUUCCAACACCUCUAACAUCACCCCCUCACCCAAAUCCUUGUACUUAAUAAAAGCCAAGAGUUUUCCAGACGACUCCCUUCUGCACAACAGUGACCUUAUUCAGCGCAAACAGGCAAAGGAACAUCAAGAAGCAAAUAAAUCCCUGAAGAAAAGUGUGUCAUCGUCCUCCUCGCUAUCACCUCAGAGUAGUCCUAAGCUCAAAUCCCCAAAUCUUCAACACUCCAACCUGUUUCUCACCUCCACCCUGCUGAAAAGCUCUCUACAUCAUAAUGGAGUUGUUCUGAGUACUGUGCAGGAUGCUCCCCUGGCACUUAUUACCAAACCUCGCUCUGACAGCUCUAAAACCCCAGAUAAGCCUUUACUAGCAUCCACUAGUCCCUGCUUUAAUACCCCCAUCAACUUGAGCACUGGAGCCAGACAGUCUUGCUCUGGGCCUCCUACCUCGGACCAAGCCUCCACACAGCGAGUGUCCCACAGGGUAAACACAGGGUCUCCUCAUCAGGGGAAAAUGUUUGGGGAAAUGGAGUCUGACAUUCCCAGCAGCAAAGACUCUGAUGAUUCUGGGGAAUAUGAGGAUGAUGAUGACGACGACGAAGAUUUAAGUGACAGUCUGUCAGGCUCUGGCAGUAACCUGGACACUGACUCCGAUAAUGAUGAAGAUGAUAUUAAAGAUGAUGAAAUGGAUAGUGACACAGAGAGUCACACAGAGAGCACGCCACUUAAACUUCCAAAAAGUCCAACCUCUUUGACAGAUUGUUCUUCUGGCAAGAUCGGCAGCUCUAGUUCACUUAACCUGCAAAUGCAUGACCCUGCUAAGAUUUUACAAACUAUGAACAAUUCGUGGGGUCUGACAUAUCACAACACCCCCCGCACCUCAUGUGUGACCACGCCCCCAGCGAAGAGAAGAAGAGUGACAGAUGAGCAAGCAGUGUGCAGGCCUCUCGAACAUGGGUGGAAAAGAGAGACCCGCAUCAGGAAUAUCUGUGGCCGUGUGCAAGGAGAAGUGGUCUACUAUGCUCCAUGUGGCAAAAAGUUCAAACAGUACCCAGAUGUUAUGAAGUACUUAUCAAGAAAUGGAAUAAGUGAGAUCACACGUGACCAUUUUAGCUUCAGUGCUAAAAUCAGGGUUGGCAACUUCUAUGAAGCUCGAGAAGGACCUGAGGGUUUGCAGUGGUGUUUGUUGAAAGAAGAUGAGAUUGAUACCUGUAUCUUGGCAAUGGAGACACAUAAAGGUCGUCCUAAGAGUCUGGAGCACCAGCGUACUAAUGAUCCCUUUCAUUCCUACCAAAGGAAAAGGAGAGCAGCUAGUGUGAGCGAGAGUGAUGUUGCUAAUGCUGCAUUGCUUAAACUACAGCGAAAACUGGAGGCACAGGAGAUUGCACGGCAGGCUGCUCAGAUGAAGAUGAUGCGAAAGCUGGAAAAAAGGGCUCUUGCACAAGCUGCAAAAGAGGCCAAAAGACAAAAAGCUCUGCUGGCAGCACAGGAAAAACGCAAGCAGAAAGAGCAGCUGAAGAUUCUAAAGCAACAGGAGAAGGUUAGGAGACUUGAACAAAUUCGUGUCGAGAAAGAGCUUCGAGCUCAGCAGAUACUCGAGGCAAAAAAGAAAAAGAAGGAGGAGGCCAUAAAUGCAAAAACAUUAGAAGCUGAGAAAAGAAUGAAGGAAAAGGAACUGCGCAGGCAACAAGCAUUCAUUCUUAAGCAACAGGAAUUGGAGAGACAUAGACUAGAAAUGGUAUGGGAGCGGGAGAGACGAAAGCAACACACAAUGCUGCUAAAAGUCAUGGAGGCCCGGAAAAGAGCAGAGGAACGAGAGCGUCUAAAGCAGGAAAAGCGAGAUGAGAAGCGUCUGAACAAAGUGCGCAAAUUGGAGCUCAGGCGGUUGGAGCUAGAGAUAGUUAAAGAGCUGAAUAAGCCCAAUGAAGACCUCUGUCUGCCAGAUCAUAAGGCUCUGCCUGAGCUAUCACGGUUACCAGGUCUUUUGUUGCCGGAUAGCUGUUUUGGGGACUGCCUGAUGGUGAUGCAGUUUAUGCGCUCUUUUGGGAAGGUGCUCCAUUUGGACCAAAGCACUAAGCUUCACACCCUUCACAUGCUACAGUCAGGACUCCUCAACGUGAGCCCCAGUGUAGCUCAGCUACAGGAUCUACUCAUUGGCUUGCUCUCUGCUGCAGUGUGUGAUCCAGGCUUUCCACCAGGAUCAAUGGCUAAAACUGCUCUUGGUGAGCAUGUGUCCAGUGUGGAGAUAAACCGGGAGAACAUGUCUGAGAUUUUGCAGAUCUACAUGGCUGCUCACUGCAGUCAGACAGAGCUCUCUCCGUUGGUAGAGAGUUUGAAGACAAAAGGCUUCCAGGCACACACCCCCACACAGAAAGCCUCCAUGUUGGCGUUCUUGGUCAACGAGUUGGCCAGUAGCAGGAGUGUGGUCGCGGAAAUUGACAAAAGUAUUGACCAUAUGACAAACCUACGUAGAGAAAAAUGUGUCAUUGAGAGUAGCCUUCGCAAACUGAGAAGCAGCUAUGCAACGCGUACUGAGAAGCGUGAUAGCAGUGUAGCAGGUGAAGAGAGCCAGGCUUUGGGAACACCUUCCACUGGUCACAAACGCAAGAAAAAAGCUGGAGGCAUUGAGGAAGAUGAUGAUGAGGAUGAUGACAGUAAUGAUCAAGGAGAGGAUGAUGAGGAGGAUGAAGAAGAUGGAGGGAAGAAACGCAAGAAAACUGAGACAUGUGAGGAAGAGGAGGAUGAGGAUCAAACAGCCAGUUUGGAAGAGCUGGAGAAGCAGAUAGAGAAAUUAACAAAGCAACAGCUUCUGAUUCGUCGUAAGCUCUUUGAGUCUUCACACUCUCUGCAGUCGAUGAUGCUAGGUCAGGAUCGCUAUAAAAGGCGCUACUGGGCCCUUCCUCAUUGCGGAGGCGUGUUUGUUGAGAGUACAGCAAGUAGAGAUGAGCCGCAAGAGCCUGAGAGGCUGCAGAGUGCUCAGUGGAUUUCAGUGAAAGAGGAACUCGCAGAGGUACCAACUAAGGAACCUUGUGACAGCCCACAGGCAAAACUUGAAAACUCUCUUCAGGAUCUAAAGCAAGAAAAUAGCUCUUUAAUCUGUUCCUGCAAAAACCAAGUUCAUUUUCCAAGCUCAGCAAAUUGCGAGGUCGCAAAGAAGUCCUGCACUGAUGCCCAAGGCGUAAUUUCUACUGCUCCCCACUUACUUACAAACACUUCAACAAUGUUACCCAACACCAUUUCUACUAACUUAAACCAAGAAAUUAAAUCUAAGGACAGCACUCUUCCACUAGGCUCUGCCCACAAUGCCAACCAGCAAUAUUACCUACAUGGUGACCAACUUUAUAAGACUUUGUCAGAGAAACAUGCUCACUGGUUCAGUCUGCUGCCACGUUCACCGUGUGAUGAGUUUUCUAUGACAGCCAGUUCUACAAAUCCAUCAUCCUGCAGUGGCAAAGCCUCAACACCUGCCACGGAGAACAGCACGACCCAGUCCACCUCUGCUUUUUCUUCCACCAACAGCCAGAACAUCAACUGUUCUGUCAGCCCCUCUGCUACUGCAACAGUCACUAACUUUUUAAUAGAAGGACUUCAGAUGAAGCACAUGGGGUUGCCAUUCUCCCUCUGGCCAACUGAAAUGAUUAGUCCAAAUAUGACCUUCAAUGGCAUGUACUUGUCACCAAAACCUGGGAACCCUGACCUUACCCCCAGUGUUUCCACCAAUAAAAGUGAGUCCCCAGUACCAUUGUGUGAGAAAUCACCUGCAUUAGAAAUGGCUAAAAGUCAGGACCUUCCCGCCCCACAACCUAUUCCACAAGAGAUGCUCACCGGGUGGUGGAAAGUGUCCAGCUCCGAGUUAAACCAUGUAGCAAAUGCUUGUCACCCUCGUGGGAUCAGAGAGAGAGUCCUACAGAAACAAAUCCAAAAACACAUGGAGUACCUCACUCAAGUCUGUGCAAAGAACAAAGAUGCUGCAGUGAUUAAUGUAUGUGAGCUGGAGCAGAGCCAGGUGUGUGAGGAGACUGUGCAGAGAUGGUGUGUUGAGGAGCAUGCCAUGGACAUGGAUAUUGCUGUUCUGCAACAGGUGGAGGAGCUAGAGCGCAGGGUCACCUCUUCCAGUCUACAAGUAAAAGGCUGGAUGCCCACAGAGCCACAGUCUGAGAGGGAAGACCUGCUUUAUUAUGAGCACAAGGCAGUGGUCCAAAAUGAAAGCACAGACAUUGUGCGACAUGCCAAUAACCCACUGGACAUAGCAGUGGCACAUUUAUUCGAGCUGGAGCGAAACAUCGAAAGAAGGUACCUGAAGAGUCCCUUAAGCAGCACCAUCCAGAUUACUGUGGAUAACCGGGGUGCGGUUAGCAUACCAGCUCCUGCAACAGCAACUAGUUCUGAAUGUGAUGGAGGUGUAGAAGACGUGGCUCCAGGGAUGAAGCUGUGGAGGAAAGCACUGAGCGAAGUGCGUAGUGGUGCCCAGCUUUCACUCUGCCUGCAGAAGUUACAGCGUUCUAUUGCAUGGGAAAGAUCUAUCAUGAAAGUGUACUGCCAGUUAUGCCAGAAGGGGGACAAUGACGAGCUGCUGCUGUUGUGUGAUGGCUGUGAUAAAGGAUGCCACACGUACUGCCAUAAUCCCAAAAUCACUACCAUCCCUGAGGGAGAUUGGUUCUGCCCUGCCUGCAUAGCCAAGGCGAAUGACUCACCUCAGAAGAGUAAGAAACAGUCUAGUCGAAACAGUGGAGGGGGUGAAAAACUGUCAGGAGCCAAACGCAGCAAGAAAGCCUGUGUGACAGGAGAGGGCUCUGAGAAUGACACAGGCAGCAGCAGUGCCAGUAGCACACCCAAGAAAGUAGGAAAGGAAGCAAGAAAGAGAAAAUUAGAGGACAACCUUUCCACCAGCACCUCUAAGCAGGAGAGUGCAACACAACUUAAAAAUCCUCAAACCACUCGAGACAACAGUAAAGACCUGGAGCUCUGCAGAUUGCUUUUGACAGAGCUGCAAACUCAUCAGGACGCCUGGCCAUUUAUGAAUCCUGUCAAUCCCAAAUCAGUCCCUGGAUACCGCAAAGUCAUCAAGAAACCGAUGGACUUCUCCACCAUUCGGGAGAAACUUUCCAACAGCCAGUACCUGAAUUUGGAGACAUUUAUCAUUGAUGUUAACUUGGUUUUUGAGAACUGUGAAAAGUUCAAUGAGGAUAACUCUGAAAUUGGACGGGCAGGACACAGUAUGAGGAGAUUUUUUCAGCGAAGAUGGACUGAGCUCUUGAAACAAAUAUACUAGACCUGGCUGAAAUCCUGGAAUAGAAUCGACUACUGCUGCUUUAAAUUUGUAAACAAAGCAAGCCUUCUUUUUUUUUUUUUUUCUUUUUCUUUUUUCCCCUUAAUGUAUCAGUUACCCACUCACUUCAGUGGUUUUCUUCAUAAGCCAAAAAUGCAAGCAGUUCAACAAGUCCUCCUGUUGAUGUAGUGUGGUGUAACAGUAAUCCAGAAUGUUUCUGAUCAUUUGGGGUGUCUGUUCAAGUGCAAUACAAAUUCUGUUUAUUUACAGAACUUUUAUUAUUUACAGCUCGGACUGACAAAAAAAAAAAAAAAACCACUCUGUAAAUUAUACUUGAUGUUUCUUUUUUUAAUAUAAACUUUGCUAUUAUAGUGAAUGUAUUGUAUUUAUUUUUUUGGUUAUAUUUAUAAUUAAGUUGGUAUUCUUUUUCUAUGAAAAGGAAGAACAUUUUAAAAAUGCAUUAAAGCAUUUUUGCUGAAAUAUAUUAUGAAAUAUAUAUUUAAAAUUGUUUACACUGUUAGGUGCUUUAAUGGUACCAGGAAACACAUCACAGUAUUGCUGUAAAACUGAAUUAGCAAAAAAAUAAUGUUUUGACCAUUGAAGAACAGAGACUAUUAGAUGUCUGUGUACAUAGUGUCUACAUGUCUAACAGUAUGUGUGUGAUAUUUUGCAAA